AUGUAUUCCUAUAGAAAUCCUAAGAUUCUCUAAUAAGACAGACCUAGUAGAGGAAGUGCAAAUACAAAAUCAGAGAUGUAGAAUACACAAUAUAUAAAUAAACCAGAAACAUAAUAGUUUUCGCUAUAACCUAAUAACUCAACAAAGAUAUAUGAAUCUAUUGUGUAAUACACAAGCCAAUCUUCUUCACAUGAUCCUAAUUAAAAUGAUUAUUAAAGUACUGAAAAAUAGAUAAAUACUUUGAAAUUGUCAACAUUAACAUCAAAAUUUUCAAUUCAAAAUCCUAAAUAAUAAAGUCCAUUUAAUUCUUCUAAAUUAGAUACACCAUCAAGAGUUGAUUCAUUAUUGUAAGAAAUAUCUGAGAUUAAACAACAAAAUGACAAAGCUAAAUAGUUUUAUUAAUCCUAAAUUAUCAAUCUCUAAAAUACUUAAGACUAAUUAACAAUUGAAAAUAUCAGCUUAUCAAAUUCUAUAAAAGGAUUAACUUAAUAACUUUAAGAUGCUAGGUACAAUAUGCAUAAAAUAUUUCAAUAAACAGAUUUGGAUGAAUUUACUAGUUCCAUUUAGAUUGAUUUCAAUCAUCAUCCAAAUAUCUAAUAAGCUUUCUACUAAUUUUAAUCCGAAAUCUUUCAAUUCAUUUAUUUGUAUUAGAGUUAAAUAAACUAAAAAAUACAAUUGAAACAAUAACAACUCAACAAAAUCAUUAUUAAGUUGGAUUCAAUAAAAAAUCAUAAUCGCAUGAAUUACAAUUCUAUUAAUAAAUCUACAGAUGCUCAAUCUAAACCUAUUUACAUUAAAUAAACCGAUUUCAUUACCAAUUAAAAUUAGGCACUGGAGAAACAAUUUAAUGAAUUAAAAAAAAAUCAUUAAUAUGUUAUCAAUAAUUUUGAAUAAGAAAAAGUAUUUGCAUAUCAAUAAGAAUAAUUGCUUAAGUAGGAAUUCCAAGCGAGGAUUCAAUAGUUAGAAUAAUAAAUCAGCAUCUUGUUAGGUGAAAAUCAGAAAAAGGAAUCAAUUAUAUCUGAAUUAAAUGACUUAAAUCAAUUGAAAGUGCUUCAAGUAACUUAAUCAUGAUAUUUAGAUUUAAUAACAAGAAGAAAUAUAGUAAUUAAAAGCUAAAUUAUCAGAAAGUAACAAUAGCUAAAUUAAUCUCAAUGAUUAGAUAGUAUUAUUGAAGAAAAAUAGUAAUAGUCUAUUAAAUGAUUUCGAGAAAAAUCAGGUUGAUUUAUCAACAUUAUAAAAAGAGAAAUAAUAUUUUCAAAUGUAAUUUGAGAAGUUACAAAAUGAAAAUAUGGAUUUGAUUAAACAUUAAUAACUGCUAAAUGAAAAUCAAUAACUCUAAAUUGAUAAAUUGAAAUAAGAAUGGUAAUAUUAAAAUAAUAGAUUAUAAGAUUAAAUAAGAAUUAAAGAUUAAAAAUUAACUAAAUUAUAAGAAAACUAUAAUACUUUAUAAAAAUACAAAUAAGAACUAGAAUAUCUACUUAAGUAAUCUAGAAAUGAAGCUAAUAAAUUCAAAGAUUAAAUGGAUUAAAUAUAAUAAUUGUAAACCAAAAUUAAUAAAUAGAAUUAUACAAUCUAAAAUUUAAUAGAAUAGAAUUAAUCUUAAGAAAACAUUAUUAAUAAUUAUGCAUCUGAAUAAAAAUUGUUUGAGUAGAAAAUUGUUGAAUUACAAAGAAAAAAUUAAUAAAUAUAAUUACAAUAAUAGCCUUAGGAAAGAGAGAGUUUGAAUUAAAAAAUAUAUAAACUCUAAAAGGAUAAUGAAGAUAAAUAAUCAGAAAUUAAAAUACUAUAAACAGAUAAUUUUGAAUUACAGAAACAAAUUAAACAAGAAUAAGUAAAUUAAUAAUAAAUUAAAACUUUGAUUACAAAUCUUUAAAAUGAUAGAUCUUAAUAUCAAUAAUAAAAAGCAUAGAUUGAGUAAUAAUUAGAUAAACAAUAAAAGCAUAAUUAAGAGUUACUAAAAUAAAUGGAGGAGGUAAUUUAGAAUAAUUUAAAUUAAUAAGAAUAAUAAACUAAUGAAUGGUAAAAUCAGUAAAAGAUGCUAACUAAAAAAUAGGUGUAAUCUGAAAAGCAUUUAGAGAGUGCAUUUACCGAAAAUGAAAAGUUAAGAGUAAGGAUUUCAGAACUGGAAUACAAAUUAGAGGAAGAAAUAGAUAGAAAUCAAAAGUUGGUGGAAGAAACAAAAAAAUAUUUAAUUGACUCAAAGCAAAAGGAUGUUUAGUUAUCUGAAUGCAAAUCACAAAUAUAAAGGCUAACUCUAUAACUUAAUAAUAUAGAAAGAGAUAAGUAGGAGUAAAAAGCAAAUCUCUUAAAUGAUUCAUAAUAAAGUGCUUAAAAUUAAGAAAUAGAAUAACUCUAAUUAAAAAUAAAACAAUAUUAAAAUGAAUCAAAGGAAAAUGAAAAUUAAUAAAAGUAACUAAAUUAAAAAUUACAAGAAGCAUUGAAAAAAUUGGAAUAGAUUUAGUAAUAAUUACAAGAAGAAGAAUAGCUUAAAUCAAUUAUUCUUAUGAAAUAAUUAUAGAGCAUAUCUGAAAACUAGAGUUCUAUUCAACCAAAUUAGGAUAUUAUGGAUUUAUUUGAUGUUUAAACAUCUUCAAGAGGUCAACAUUUAGAAACUAUAUUAUUGCCUGAAUCAAACUAAUCUGAAGAGUAGCUCUAAUUAUUAUUAUAGCAAUUAAAAGAGCAGAAUGAGAGUGCAUUACAAUAAAAAUCAUAACUAUAGAGUAGUCUGGAUUAAGCUAUUGAGAAGAUUAAAUAAUUGGAAAGUUAAAUAAUAAAUUUGAAAAAAGAAUAAUAAAGUUUAGAUAAUGAUAGCAAUCAUUAUUAAUAAAAAAUAUCUAAUCAAUAAAAGGUUAUUGUAAGUUUACAAAAUUAAGUAGAAGAGUUGUAAAUAGAAUUAUAAGAAUAGGCAAAUAAAUCAAAAAUGGCAGGAAUUCUAUAAUAAUCAACUCAAGAACAAAACACAUUUUAAGAACUGAUAAAUUAAAAAGAUUAAGAAAUAUAGAAUUUGUAAGAGGAAUUAAAAAAUAUACAUUAGCAUUUAGAAUAAAGAAUGAAUAAGUCUGUGAUAAGUAAUCACUCUAAAAAGAGUUAAAAUAUUGUUAAAUUUGAAGAGUUUGCUGAUAUUGAUGAAAAUGAUAUUAAUGAAUAAUCAGAUGAGGAAGAAGAACUAAUUAAAGAAAAAUUAUAAUUAUAAAAAGUUCUUUAAGAAAACGAUGAAAAAAUUAGACGUUUGGAAAUCUAAUUAGAAUAAACUUAACAAUUUACAAAAGCAAAGAUUAACUAGGAAUUGGCAAAUUUGUAAAUUUCAUUAAACAAUCAAAAUAAAGUUAUAGAGUAAUUGAACACUUUGAAUUCCAAUCAAUCUAAAUUAUUAGAGUAAUAAGAAAAAUAGAUUCAAGAUUUAAAUGAAGAGUUAAAUAGAUAUCAUUAAUAAAAAGAUCAUAUAAGAAAUAAAUCUAAUUAUAGUAAUAGUUUUGGUUCUGAUAAUGAAAAAGAAACUGUAGAUUAAUAGCAAUUGGAAAAAAAGCAGGAUGAUAAUUUCGAUAUGCAAAGAUAGGUUGAAUUACAAAAUAAGUAAAUAGAUUAAAAAUUAAAAAAGUAUAAAUACAUUUAAAACAAGAACCCUUAAUGAAGUCAUUGAAAUAUAGUAGCUUAAGAAUGAGUGUCUAAAAGAGGAAUCUCAUAAUAAUAAAGAUUGUUUAAAUUGA